AAUGCCCCGCCCCUUUUUGGACGCGCACCAUUUAAGAUAGUUCGCAGGUCGAGAGUGAACCUGCAUCCCUCUGACACACAACGAAACCAGCCUCUGCAGCGAGAUGUGCUCGGAUGGAGAACGCGCGCCGCUGGGCGGCUCGGGAAACGGCAAGUUGCGCCAGUGGCUCAUCGAGCAGGUAGACUCCGGAAAAUACCCCGGACUCGUGUGGGAAAACGAAGACAAAAGUGUGUUCCGGAUCCCGUGGAAGCACGCGGGGAAACAGGACUACAACCGGGACGAGGACGCAGCACUUUUCAAGGCUUGGGCGCUGUUCAAAGGCAAAUACCGGGAAGGCAUUGACAAACCCGACCCUCCCACGUGGAAAACGCGUCUACGGUGCGCGCUGAACAAGAGCAAUGACUUCGAGGAGCUGCUGGAUCGCAGUCAGCUCGACAUCUCGGACCCUUAUAAAGUUUACCGAAUCGUUCCCGAGGGCGCCAAAAAAGCCUCCAGAUCUGUAGAGGACACGACCCCAAACCCAAGCCCUCAGAGUUAUCCAUUACAUCCACCCUAUGCGCCUUUGCAGAGUCAGGUCUGCAGCUUCAUGUCUCCAGCAGAGAGGACUUGGCGGGACUUUCUUCCAGACAAGUCUCCUAUAGCUGAUAUGUCUUUCAACCAAAGUCCAUACACCUCUCGGUGGGAUGCAGGAUACCAGUUUAGUGGCUCUUUCUACAGCUGCAGCGCCUCAGAACCUCUGCCAUCGGCAUUUACAUUAGAUGCCAGCAUGAAGUCAGCAGAAGCCAUGGCCCUCUCAGAUUACCGGCUUCAUUUGGCAGUAUAUUUCCGGGAAGCCCUUGUGAAGGAGGUGACUGUGAGCAGUCUAGAAGGUUGUAUUCUGGGUGCGAGCAAAGAUGGUUUGCCAUAUGGGGCUUCUCAAGUUCCGGAGCUUGUGGAGCUUCCACAGAUUGAACACAGCUCACUGGAACAUGGGGUUCUGCUAUGGAUGGCACCAGAUGGGCUUUAUGCUCGCCGCUGCUGCCCCUGCAGGGUGUAUUGGGAAGGAGGGCACAAUCCCUCUAACAAUAAACCCAACAAACUACAGAGGGAUCAGACCUGCAAACUGCUGGACACUCAGCAAUUCAUCACAGAAUUACAGAGCUAUGCUCGACACAUACGUCCUCUACCCAUGUCCCAAGUGCUCCUGUACUUUGAGGACGACAACACAGAGCCACAGAGACCAGGAAGGACCCUCACUGUCCAGGUUGAGCCGCUUUUCGCUCGACAGCUUCUCUACUUCACCCACUCGAGCAGCAUGAACUACAUCCGCAGCCACAACCUCUCACCUCUGAACCCAGAACACACAAUAUCCUCAACUCAGGACUUCCACAGAAUCAUCAGCCAUCACCACAGCAGCAGUCUGUAAAAUUUCACCUGGCAAAGCUAUCACUGAGGAAGACAAACUGAAGAACAAGAUGGACUCAACAAAUACACUGUCAUGGUUCAUGUGUGACACAGAGUAUUAACUUUACCAACUAAUUUCUCCAAACGCACUCAAGCAGCUGGACUUUUGUUUGUAGAAUGGACCAAAGAUGCUGGUUGCAUGUGUCUGAUUAGCACUUGGCAUUUUUUCCCCCCUUUAUAGGUUUAUAGUUCUUUAAUAUCAUCUCAGGGAACUGUAAUGAAAACAGUAUUAAAAGUUGUUAUAUCAAA